AUGAGUAGAAUUAAAAUAGACUGCUAUGGUGUUUUCAUUGUUUUGAGUCCUAUAGUUCAAAUCAAAUCUCAAAUAUGUGAAAAAACACCUCAAUAUGGUGAAUGUUCCACAAAUAGUGCUUGUGGAUGCUUUCAUAUGGUAGGUGCUAAUGAUGAUACUAGUAUUUGUGGUUUUCUAUGGCCAACAUGUUCUCGUCUUUUACGAUGCAAUUCUACGAACAAUUCAUGUAUUCAAUCGAAUACGAUCUGUGUUCAACAUCCUCAAUGUGAUGAUCGUCCUCUUUCUUAUUCAAUGAAAAGUGAGUGA